AGAGAGAGAAGGUUGGGUUAGGCAACUCAAGACACCUUACCUACCCCUGCCUUGACUUAAACACUGUUGACUUUUUGAUCUAUCUAUCAACCAAAGGCAGACAGUGAGUACCAUAAUGCAGGUUCUCAAUCACAGCAGAACACAGGAAAGCGAAGGCCAAUUGCUGCCAUCUUCUGAUUGUUACUGCGGGUAGAUAUCCUCCAUCCAACUUGAUGGCUGCUGUUAAUAACAAGAAAUCAAGCUCCUCAAUGUGUGAAUUUUCUUAUCAUGUGUUUUUAAGCUUUAGGGGCGCGGACACCCGCAAGAAUUUCACCGACCAUCUGUAUACAGCUUUGGAGCGGGCAGGAAUUCAUGUAUUUAGAGAUGACGAUGCAAUUGAGAGAGGUGCAGACAUAGAAUGUGAUGUUGAAAAGGCAAUACGACAGUCAAAAAUGUCAUUGAUUGUCUUCUCGAGUAAUUUUGCUUCUUCAAGCUGGUGCCUAGAUGAGGUUGCAAUGAUUAUGGAACACAAAAAGCAUCAUGCUGGGCACAUUGUUCUUCCUGUAUUUUACGCCGUCGAUCCAUCAGAAGUCCAAAAGCAAACAGGUGAUUUGGCAGAAGCAUUUUCUGGACAUGGAAAACGCUUCAAGGAUGAGAAGAUUAAGAGAUGGAGGAAAGCUCUUUGCAAGGUCAUUAAUCUGGCAGGAAUGGUUUUACACAACAGACCUGAGGCAAAAUUCAUACAAGAUAUUGUCAAAAAGGUUGGAGAAAUGUUGAAACGCACAAUACUGCAUGUGCCCUCUUAUUUAGUUGGAGUUGAUGCUCAGGUGAAAGGCAUUAACAGCUGGAUACAAGACAGGCCUGAAGAUGUUAAUAUAGCAGUAAUAUGUGGAAUUGGUGGUGUUGGUAAGACAACAAUUGCCAAGACUGUUUUCAACCUCAAUUUCGAACAAUUUGAUUGUUGGAGCUUUCUGAAGGAUGUCAGAGAAACAUCAAAGCAAUACAAUGGUUUAGUUCAAUUACAGAUGCAACUGCUUUCUGAUUUGUCAAAGGGGGGAUUCCACAAGAUAAACAAUGUAGAUGACGGAACUAUCCAAAUAAGAUAUGCCACACGGUUCAAGAAAGUACUUAUUGUUCUCGAUGAUGUAGAUGAUGUUGGCCAACUCAAAUCAAUUCUUGAAAUGGGGAAAUGGCUUUACAAGGGAAGUAGAAUCAUCAUAACAACCAGAAAUGGUCGCUUGCAAAGUUUUCAUGAUCAACCUUGUAAAGAGUUUAGAAUUAUGCCUCUUCAUGAAAGUGAAUCCCUUCAACUCUUUACUUGGCAUGCAUUUAGACAAUCACAGCCUUCUGAAUAUUACUUGCAAGACUCUAAAAAUAUAGUGCGUUAUUGUGGAGGGCUACCACUUGCUCUCGAAGUAAUUGGCUUUUCUUUGUCUGUUCGAACUGGGGAUUCAUGGAAAAGAGCAAUAAGAGAGCCAGAAGCCCUUGAUGGUGGUAAAAUUCACGAGAUUCUUCGAGUAAGUUAUGACUCUCUUCAAGAUGAUCGUGACAAGAAUUUGUUUCUUGAUAUAGCUUGUUUCUUCAUUGGAGAAGACAUAACCUUUGUGGAGAGAAUUGUAGAAAGCUGUGAUUUCUAUCGGAAUGUUGGAAUUCAAGAACUUAUCGACAGAUAUCUGAUAUCCAUUGAUAAGGACAAUAAACUGGCAAUGCAUCAAUUGCUUAGGGAAAUGGGAUGGGAAAUUGUCCGUCGAGAAUCACCUGAGAAUCAUGGAGAGCGUAGCAGAAUUUGGCGUCAUGGUGAUUCAUUUAAGAUUUUGAGAAAAAAAAAUGGCUCAAGGUCUAUUAAGAGCUUCAUCCUUGACUGGGAACAAGUAAACAUAGCCUCAAAAUGUUUGGUGGACUUAAACACUGAUGCUUUUGCAAGCAUGAGCAAUCUAAAACUAAUCCAUCUCAAUAAUUUGAGGCUUAAAGGAGGGUAUGAAAAUUUUCCAAAAGGAUUAGUGUGGCUGUGUUGGCAUCACGUCCCCUGGGAUCAUAUACCAGUUGAUUUUUAUCUCGAGGAUCUUAUUGUUCUUGACCUAUGCAACAGCAGUCUAAGACAUGUUUGGCAUGGAAUCCGGUGUUUUCCAGGGUUGAAGAUCCUUAAUCUCAGUCGUUGUCAUGGUCUAGUUAGAACUCCAGACUUCUCAGAACUCCUUUGUCUUGAAAUAUUGAUGCUUGAAGAAUGCACGAAUUUGGCUGAGGUUCACAAGUCCAUUGGAAACCUACAAAAUCUUUCCUUUUCAAGUUUUAAGGGCUGCAUAAAUCUCAAGAGACUUCCAGAUGAAAUGUGCAAGUUGACAUCACUUCAAACUCUAAUAUUGUCUGGUUGCUCUAAACUUGAUAGUGAGAUACCGAAUCACUUGGAAAAAAUGAAAUUCUUGGGGGUGAUUCGUGCAGAUGGACCUCUCAUGAGUCAGUUUCAAAAGUGGGCUUCAAGAAUGUGGUCCUGGUUAAUGAGAAACCACACAUUAUCAACCAAGCGUUCAUUCGAUUGCUUACCAUCUUCUUUGGUAAAUUUAAGUCUUGCAAACUGCAAUAUAAGGGAUGAUAUGAUGCCUAAUAAUCUUAGUUCCUUGCCUUGUUUGGAACAUUUGGAUCUAAGUGGAAAUCCAUUUGAGCAUCUACCUGAAAGCAUUGGUGGCCUGAAAAGGCUUGAUACUCUUAUGUUACAAGGAUGCACCAGUCUCCAAUCACUUCCAAGCCUACCAAGUAGUUUAGAGAGAUUACUUAUAAGCAAUUUUGGACCCCUACUGGGACCACUGGAUAUCUACAUGUUUGGUCGCCAUGAACCAGACAAGCUUCAAUGCCUGUUCAAGUUAGAACACUUGCUGAACUUUGACUUGGAGAUGAUUUAUAAUGUUGGUUUGCAGAUAUCAGAAUCCAUGAGAAUCACUCAAGACCACUAAUUUUGAUGCAAUGACAACACAAGGAAAGACUACCAUCCAGGUAUUUCAAGAUGGUGGCAUAAGUAACAUAUAUCUGCCAGUGCAUGAGAUUCCAGAUUGGUUCUGUCAUGCGACAGGGACAUGCCAUGCAUGUUAUUGCGUACCUUCAAGUUCUAGUUUUGAGAUCUUUGGUUUCAACAUAUGUGUUGUGUAUACAUGCUCUGACCUGAGGGGUAAUUUUGAAAGUUCUAGCAGUGCCAAAAUAAGAAUCAAAGCCAAAGGUCAAAUUUUGGAGUACAGCCCAGAAAUCUUUGGAGUUCCUGAAGCCAAUGAUAAUAUGUUGUGGUUAAGCCAUUGGCCGCUUAGUUACAAGUUAGAAGCUGGUGAUUCAGUUGCGUGUUCCAUAAUUUUGCCUGCUUGUUUUCAAGUGAAGAAGUUUGGCAUCCACCUAGUUUCACUGCAUCAGAAUCCAGGAACUCUGCACAAGUUUUGAUGACAGUUGAUAUUCCUUUUCUUUCUGCAUGUAAAAGAUAUUUUUUCUAUGUUAAUUGAGGCUCGAGUUUUGUUUUCAA